CACAAAGUGAACAACUGAAAGGUUGCGUUCGAGGCGCAAAUUUCUAAUGGUACAAAUAAUUCUUACAAUUUAAUAUGUUUUAUUACAUUUCUUUACUUAUAAUUAGUGGUCAUGUUAAUUACGUUCUUUCUGAGUAUUACGAUUCGUACUCAGGAACGCCUGUUACUGUGAACGAAGUUAGAAAACAUGAUAAGAAGAAUACUACGUUUUGGUGCAUAAACCAGAUCGAGCCGUGUGUAGCUGAUGAGUGGCGGCGUGUGGACGGCUCCUGUAACAACCUGCACCAGCCUACCCGGGGCGCCUCGCACACGCCUACCUAUAGACUACUUCCACCUGUUUAUACCAAAAGUGGUACUUGA